AUUGAAUUGCUUGUAUACCCUGUUUUUUACCUUUAAUGUUGAUGAUGAAGAUGAUGGUAUUAUCCUUCAAUAGAUAUAUAAUUUUAUUAAUUCUUAUACAUUAUACUUAUACAAAACCACAUUUAGAAACAGUGAGUCGACGUGAUACAGAACAUUUUAUUGAUGAUCCAGAUCGUCAUGAUAUUGAAUUUGAUCAUAAUGCAUUUUUAGGUGAAGAGACUGCUAAAGAAUUUUCCCAACUUACACCAAAUGAAAGUGAAGAAAAAUUAAAGUAAGUUAAUGAGUAAAACAAAAAAUUAUAAAAAAAACAACUUUGUAAUUUCUUGCUUUAUUAGGAUUAUUAUUAGAAAAAUUGAUAAAGAUAAUGAUGAAAAAAUUACGGAAUACGAAUUAAAAUCUUGGAUUGAAUAUGUAGCUAGUAAAUCGAAACAAAACAGUACAGAUCGUCAAUGGAAUGAUAUAAAUCCAACUAAUCAGUCUUCAAUUAAAUGGACAGAAUAUCUUAUAAAAACAUAUGGUCCAGAAGAAGAACGAUUGAAAGAUACAGCUACAUCUGAAUCAUAUAAAAAAGCUGUACAGCAUGAUCGACGACGAUGGGUUGCUGCUGAUUUAGAUAAAGAUGACAGUUUAAAUAAAACUGAGUUUACUGAUUUCGUACAUCCUGAAGACAGGCCAAAUAUGAGAGAUGCUGUUAUUGAUGAAUUACUGGAAUAUGUGGAUAAGGAUAAUGAUGGAUAUGUAUCUGAGAGAGAGUAUUUAGGUAAAACAAAAAUUUAAUAUAUUUGGUUAUUAUUUCAGCUUACUGAACACCACCCUUAUCUAUCACAUUAUUAUUUUAGGGGGAAAAGAAAACGACAAAAAGCUGGUAACCGAAACUGAAAACUUGUCUCCAAAAUUGCUCACACAUAGUUUCUACAAAUGUAUAACACUUAAACAUUAUUCAUUAUAUUCUUAUUGUUUUCUCCACAUUUUAUUUGAAUUAAGAGAGAAAUAUUCCAUUGUGUUUCGUAAAAACUUGGAAUCAUAUUCAACACCGAUUUCGAAUACAGUUACAAAUGAGUAAUUUAGUUUGUACUAUCAACUAAAAGUUGUAGUGGUAUCAGAAAAUAUCUACUCAAUAUACUAAGAACUAUCAGCAUUGAAUGAAUUCCUAAGGUAUUACAGAUCAUAUUCUCAGGAUAUAAACUGAAGAAAAUGAAUCGGCUAAUAAUUUUAUCUGAUGUGAAUAAAUAUCAGUUAUUGCUGUUUCUACUCAGUUUUGGGUUUCAGUCUUGUACUCUUUUUCAUUUAAAAACACCAAGUAAAUUUUGGAUUCAGAACAGUUAUGUGAAAAGUCGUUCUUGCUAUUUUUUGCAUUCUUACAAUGUAGUAUUAAUCUCUAAAUUAAAGAGAAUCAUUAUACUACUAAUCUAACUCUAUGUAAAAAUAAAUGUUGAGAUUAGAUUUCUAUUUUUAUUUUGACAUUUAUUUUAUGUUUUAAAAGUUGAUUUAGCUCGUGCUUAUCAAAGUACACCAUUUGAUGAAAAUGAACCUGAAGCAGAAUGGGUUGAACGUGAAAGAAGUCAAUUUCGUCGAUUCAGAGAUACAAAUCAAGAUGGUAGAAUGGAUAGAGCAGAAGUUGGUGAAUGGAUAAUGCCAUCAAAUUAUGAUCCAAUAGAUGCAGAAACAAAACAUUUAUUUUAUCAUGCUGAUACUAAUAAGGAUGGAUUAUUAACAGAAGCAGAAAUUAUCGCUAAACGAGAUACUUUUGUCAGUAGCCAGGCCACAAAUUACGGAAAUGCGCUAAAACAACAUGAAGAGCUUUAAUUAUAAUGAAAAAUACAUUAAAACGAAACAUUAAAUUGCAUGAAAGUGCUUUAUUUCAUUUGUAACUGGUUGUUUUUUUUUAUUCGCUUGAUCCUGUUGGUAGUAUGAAUAAAAUAAUAAUCUUGUUCAUCAUUCA